AUGGCGGAGUUUUUCCAGUCGUGCGACCCACCACAACCACCGUCGCCUAAAUAUUCCAGCCCCGCCAAAACCCUAGAUGAAUCUUCACCAACCGCGCCGAUUAGAGCCCUCGUCGCUAACUCCCUCGCUAUCUCCUCGCCGAUUCGCCAGAUUCAGUCCUCUCCUCCGUCGAAUUCGUUAUGCCCAGGCGAAUCUCCCUCCCCUCCUCCGUCGGAUACGCCUUCUCCGCCCAAUCUAGACGAAAACGAGUUCACAGACUCCUCAAUCACGCCGCCGCCUCCGAACAACAGCGAAGUUCUCCAAAUCGCGACUACCUCUUUCUCUCUCGACGACGACGACAUAGACUCGGAUAAUCGCCCGCUAAAGAGCUACAUAGCGAAUCACGACUCUCGUAAUCUUAACUUCGAGCCCGCAAAACCUUUCGAUUUCUCAUGGCAGGCUCUGAAGCGAGAACACACCGUCACCGGCGUGGGCGCUGGGUUAUACAACUCAGGCAACACUUGUUUCAUAGCUUCAGUGUUGCAAUGCUUCACUCACACUGUGCCUCUUAUCGAGAGCCUUCGCACAUACAAAUAUCCAGACCCUUGCAACUGUGGAGAUAACAAGUUCUGUGUCCUCCAGGCUCUCCAAAAGCAUGUAUAUAACGCUCUCAAGUCUUCAGGAUUUAGUCUAAGGAUUGACCAAUUUCGUGAUAAUCUGAAUCAUAUUUCACCUCACUUCCAAAUUGGGCACCAAGAAGAUUGUCAUGAGUUUCUACAGUCGUUUUUGGAUAAGUUAGAGAGAUGUUGUGUGGAUCGUAGAAGCCAACCUGACUCUGUACCUUCUCCAAAUGUAAACUUUGUUGACCAGAUCUUCGGUGGACGUCUCAUGAGUAGGCUUCAUUGCUGCAAUUGCGAUUCCUUUUCCGACACAUUUGAGCCUUACCUUGGAUAUAGUCUUGAAAUCGAAGACGUUGAUGAUCUUUAUAGUGCGCUAGAUUCCUUUACAUGCGUUGAAAAACUCGAAGACUUUACAUGUGAGAACUGCAAGGAGAAAGUCUCAAGGGAGAAGCAGCUCAAGUUCGAUAAGCUCCCUCCGGUUGCUACGUUCCAUCUGAAAAGAUUCAAGAGCGAUGGACAUUAUAUGGAAAAGACCUUCAACCAUGUCAAGUUCCCUUUGGAGUUGGAUUUGCUUCCUUACAUGAGCGAUAACCACGAUCCUCAAGUUCCUACAAAGUACCAUCUUUACGCUAUGGUGGAGCAUUUUGGGAAUGGAAUAUCCUUUGGACAUUACUCGUCGUUUGUGAGAUCAGCCCCUGAGACAUGGCAUAGUUUUGAUGACGCAAAUGUUACGAAAGUGAGCGAAGAAAGUGUUUUAUCAGGGUAUGCUUAUAUGUUAUUCUACGCAAGAGAAGGAACUCCGUUCUUUGCUAGUGCCUUUGAAGAGCUCAAGACAAAAUUGUUUGGAGUCGCUCCGUCGCAGUUCUCUCCAAAGUCAGUUCUUGAGAGCAGUCCCUGCAGGGAAGAGUCUGUAUCUGACCACAGCUACGAGAACGUUUGCAAUUCCAACAAAGCGUGUAACAAGGCAUCGGUUGGAGUACCGAUCCCUGGUGGAAACUACUCAGAAGAGUACCGUUGUAAUGAGCCACAAGAAGAGUUGUAUCAUUCAGCAGAGUGUAGCAGCGACAGUGAUUCUCCAACGUCUGAUGCUUUCGACUCACCUGAGGCUGAGGAAUUCGAGAAACCAUUCGCUGAAACCUCUCACCGGGUAGAACCUAUUGCUGAGAACAGAGCUCCCGUCGAUGAUGACCUUUCUUUGCCGCCUGAGCGCAAGAUUCAGAAUCAAGUCCCGUCUCCAAAACGAAAAGCUGAGGAGAGAGAGGUGUAUCAGCCUAAUUUCAAGCUUCGAAAACAAAAUCCCGUUCGGAGACAACAAGGAACAUUUCAGAUCCAACGUGACCAUUUGCAAAAUAAGAAGAAGAAAGAAGAAGAAGAAACUCGUGGAACAAAGCAGCAGCCAUUUAGAGGCGUUACUGCUGCAGAUCCUAAGGAGGCAGAACAUGCUAUGUCAUAUCUCAAUAGGAUGCCUAAUAAUGCACGCUCCCGAAUGCUCGCAGCAACUUUGGGUGCUCCGCUCCAGAAAAAGAAAGUCUCUAACAUCAAAAGAUCGACCAUGGGUCUUCACAGGAACCUCUCUGAACGUCCAACAAAUGCAAAUUUGGGUUUAAACUAG